AUGCCAGUUGGGCUGCCUCUCUUCUCUAGGCUUUUGGGAACCACCGUGAAUCUCAAGAUAGUCCUGGCAUUCCUGACACUGUCUCUCAUUACCAUCUUUGCCCUGGUCUGUGUCUUGCUGACCAACCAAAGUGGUUCCAGCCAGCCUCCCUGCUGCCGCUUUGUGUCCCAUAGGGUCCAGCCCUGGUCACACCCUGGCCAGAGCCAGCUGUUUACAGGAACCCAAGAGAAGCUGACAGCCUUCAGACAAGUGUGUCUUCUCAGUAAGCUGUAGCUGCUCCCCAAGGCUGCAGCCCUGGCCCACCUGGACAGGGUGAGCCCCCCCAUUUCCCUGGAGGCACUGGCCAUUGUCGUUUUUGGUGGACCACCCCAGCCCUCCUGCAUGUGGGAUGCCACCAUGGAGCAUCAUGGCGGGCCUCUGCCCUAUCACCGACACUCCGUGCUGAGAACUGAGUACAUCCAGGUGUGGAGGUAUUUGAAAGAGGUGGCUCCCAAGGCACCUAUCUUCAUGGCUUCCGUCUUCAACUGCAGUGGCUCUACUUUGGCAAUUCUGCAUGCUACCCCUUGUGGCUUGCACUCGGGGGACCGAGCCAGGAUAGCCCCCUACCAUAACGUCUCAGGUGUUGGGAUUUUCCUUCACCUGGUGGGACUGGAGCUACUGCUGAACCACAGCCCUGCCCACUGGGCUGUCCAGCAGGUCUUCUACCUUGGGUGCUGCUAUGCAGACUCGCGCCAGUUGGAAUGGGAGUUUAAGGCUGACUGGCUAGAAGUGGUUAGAGUCCCUCUCCCCCCACCAAAAGGGGCUUCAUCCCUGAGGUCCAGGUCUCCCCAGGUCCUCUUCUUCCAGUUCUUGCCCCAGGGCUCUCAGUACAGUGUACAAGGGAACCUGGUGGCAUCCUCCCUCUGGACCUUUGGCCACGGGGUGUUCAGCAGCAUGAGGAUUUUUGAUACUCAGUUCAAGGGCAAGUAGGUGGCCUAUGAAGUCAGUGUCCAGGAGUCUGUUUAUGGGGCCAGUUCACCCAAGACAAUGAUAACUCGCUAUCUGGAUAGCAGAUAUGGACUUGGCUGGAACUGUCAAGGCUUGGUGUGAGGCAUGGACUGCCCCUAUCAGACCACGAUGGUGAACAUCCACAUGUUAGUGGGCAGAAGGAUAGUCCAGCUGCUACAGGGACUGCUCCUUUGUAGGUACCACAAUUACCUUGAGAGUCAUAUCUGUGGCAGUUCGGCCAGCUCGGUCUCUAUGGUCAGGUCUGUGUCAUCUGUGGGCAAUUAUGAUGAUUACAUUUAGGACUUUGUGUUGCACCCAAACGGGGCACUUGAAGGGACGGUCCAUGCCAUGGGCUGUAUUAGCACAGCUUUCCUGAGUGGGGGAGAUGAGAGCCUCCUCUUUGGAAACUGUGUGGUACACAUGCACACCUUCCACUUCACAAACCUGGAUGUGGCAGGGCUGAAAAACUGGGUAGCUUAAGACAUGGUGUUUAAACCUGUGGUCGCCCCCUAGAACCCAGAGCACCAGCUACAGUGCCCACAGUUGACCCAGCAGUCUGGUAUGGAGGUCCUGACGACUUUUUCCUCGGGAAGCCCCAUUCCCCGCUGCCUUUACCUGGCCAGCAGCCAGACUAAUGCCUGGAGCCACCAGUGAGAGUAUCAAAUCCAGAUCCAGAGCUUCAUGACAUACGCAUGCCCUUGGAGAGCAACAGGGAGAGGGAGCAACCUCAGCUGGGGGAGAUACCAGCUCGUGGUGACCCAGAGAAAGGAGGAGGAGGAGCUAUAGAGCAGUGGCAUCUACUACCAGGAUGACAUCUGGACACCCACAGUGGUGUUUGCUGACUUCAUCAACAAUGAAACCCUCUUAAGGAGAGGUUGCUCCUCCCUCUUCCUGCAGGAUCUGGUGGCUUGGGUUACAGCCAGCUUCCUGCACAUUCCCCAUGAUGAGGACAUCCCAGUGACGCUGGGAAAAGUUGGCUUCUUGCUGUGACCCUAUAACUUGUUUGAAGAGGACUCCUCCAUUUUCUCCCUAGGCAGUGUCUACUUUGAGAGAGGUCAGGAUGCUGGACUCUGCAGUGUCAACCCUGUGGCCUGCCUCCCCCACUUGGCAGCCUGUGUCCUGGACUCACCCUCUUUCUCUUUCCAAGGCUUUUGCCCCUGAGGGUGUGGUGGAGGAGGGGGCUGAGACGCAGUUCUCUUUUUCCACUUCCUCUUCCCAUUGUUUUCUUCAUACCUGCUCCUACCCCACCCUCUC